AUGCCAUCUCCCUAUCAGAGGCAACGACGUGGAGCCUUCACUCACAGGUGUUUCUCCACCCCACAGACGACGAUGAUCCCCAAGCCCGCCGGACCCCCGGAUGGGGGCUGGGGCUGGGUGGUGGCAGCCGCAGCCUUCGCGGUGAACGGACUCUCCUACGGGCUGUUACGCUCCUUGGGCCUUGCCCUCCCUGACCUUGCGGAGCACUUUGACCGAAGCGCCCAGGACACUGCGUGGGUCAGCGCCCUGGCCCUGGCAGUGCAACAGGCAGCCAGCCCAGUGGGCAGCGCCCUGAGUACACGCUGGGGGGCGCGCCCCGUGGUGAUGGUUGGGGGCGUCCUUACCUCCUUGGGCUUCGUCUUCUCGGCUUUCGCCCGCAGUCUGGUGCACCUCUACCUCGGCCUGGGCCUCCUUGCAGGCUCCGGCUGGGCCCUGGUGUUCGCGCCUGCCCUCGGUACUCUCUCCCGUUACUUCUCCCGCCGUCGAGUCUUGGCGGUGGGGCUGGCGCUCACGGGUAACGGGGCCUCCUCGCUGCUCCUGGCACCCGCCUUGCAGCUCCUUCUUGAUACUUUCGGCUGGCGAGGCGCCCUACUCCUCCUUGGCUCCAUCACCCUCCACCUCACCCCCUGUGGAGCCUUGCUGCGACCCCUGGCCCUCCCUGGUGAUCCCCUGACCCCACCCCGAGGCCCCUUAGCUGCCCUGGGCCUGGGUCUCUUCACACGUCGGGCCUUCUCCGUCUUUGCUUUAGGCACAGCCCUAAUUGGGGGAGGGUACUUCGUUCCCUACGUACACUUGGCUCCCCACGCUUUAGACCGGGGCCUGGGGGGCUACGGGGCAGCCCUGGUGGUGGCCGUGGCUGCGGUGGGGGAUGCGUGUGCCCGGCUGGUGUGCGGGUGGCUGGCAGACCAGGGCUGGGUGCCCCUCCCGCGUCUGCUGGCGGUGUUCGGAACUCUGACAGGGCUGGGGCUACUGGCGGUGGGACUCGUGCCUGUAGUGGGGAGUGAAGGGGAUUGGGGGGUCCCCCUGCUGGCCGCGGCUGGGGCCUACGGGCUGAGCGCCGGGAGUUAUGCCCCACUGGUUUUCGGCGUGCUCCCGGGGCUGGUGGGCCUCGGAGGUGUAGUGCAGGCCACCGGGCUGGUGAUGAUGCUGAUGAGCCUCGGGGGGCUCCUGGGUCCCCCUUUGUCAGGCUUCCUCAGGGAUGAGACAGGAGACUUCACCGCCUCUUUCCUGGUGUGCAGCUCCUUCAUCCUCUCUGGCAGUUUCAUCUACAUGGGGCUGCCCAGAGCGCUACCCUCCUGCCGUCCAGCCUCACCUCCACCCACUCCUCCUCCUGAGAUGGGGGAGCUGCUCCCAGUCCCCAAGAUUGCCCUGCUCUCCCCAGGAGACCCUCACUCCACUCUGGACACCUCUUGUUGA